GCGUUCAGUCGUGCCCACCGCAUCGGGCAGGCCAACAAGGUGAUGAUAUAUCGCUUCGUGACCCGUGCCAGUGUGGAGGAGCGCAUCACCCAGGUGGCCAAGAGGAAGAUGAUGUUGACCCACCUAGUGGUGAGGCCCGGCCUGGGCUCCAAGGCUGGAUCCAUGUCCAAACAGGAACUGGACGACAUCCUCAAGUUCGGCACCGAGGAACUCUUCAAGGACGAGAUCGAAUGUAAGUGACAUUUGUUGAUUGAUUUGAUUUGAUUGAUGAUGGAUUGUGAGGUAUGGGUGGAGGAUAAGAUAAAGGGGGAGAGGGAAGAAUAGAGGAGGAGCAGGAAGAGGAUGGAGGGAUUUCAGAGGGAGAAAUGCGAGGAUAGGACGUUUAUUUUGUAUAUAUGUUUAGAUGUCAGUGAUUUGGGAGAAUUCUGUAAUAUGAGGGGUUUGUUAGGGAAUACACUUGCAUUUUGGGGGUUGUUAGAUACAUCUUUAUAUAGAUGGAUUUUAGUCACAUCCUCAUCUUUGUUUCACCACCGUUUUCUAUUCCCUCAAAGUCCUCUCACCACCACGUAUGUCCACUCUCUCUCCCCUACGGUGUCCAGCGGGGGACAACAGGGACGAUGAGGGCAGUGUGAUCCACUACGACAGCUCAGCCAUCGAGAGACUGCUGGACCGGAGCCAGGACGCUACGGACGACACAGACAUGCAGAACAUGAACGAAUACCUCAGCUCCUUCAAAGUGGCCCGUUACAUGGUCCGAGAGGAGGAUAAGGUGAGAGAGGGAAGGAGAGAGAGAGGUUUGGGAAAGGUGAGGUGAGGUGAGGUUUGGGGCAGGGAGGGGUUGGGGAGUACCUCAGCUCCUUCUAAGUGGCCCGCUACAUGGUCCUAGAGGAGGAUAAGGUGAGGUACAGAGAGAAUGAUGGAGAGAGGGGGUUAGAGAGAGAAGUGAUAGAUAACAUUACUGUUUUAGAUUAUAACUUUUUGUAUGCUUUAAUGUUUACAAAAAUGUGUAUGGCACUUUGGUGUACUUUUGUUCCUUUUUUAUUCAUCUGUGUGUAAACUGUUAACACUUUCCAUUGAGCUGUAAGUGGGUUUAUAAGUAGAUUAUAUCACAUUGGUUGUAUGUAAAAUGUACUUCAUUGUUCUUGCAUGUGUGUAUCCAGAUUGAGGAGGUGGAGCGUGAGAUCAUUAAGCAGGAGGAGUGUGUGGACCCAGAAUACUGGGAGAAGCUGCUGAGACAUCACUAUGAGCAGCAGCAGGAGGACCUGGCCAGUAAACUGGGGAAGGGCAAGAGGAACCGCAAGCCUGUCAACUACAACGACGCAGCACAGGAGGACCAAGGUAGGUAGUUGGUAACCAUCAGUCCUGGUUGUCACGGAGAUGGAUGUAGGUGUUGUUUAUUUAUUAGCAUGCAUCACUAUGACAACAUGGGCCAUUUUGUACUGCCACACCUUCGGCAUUCUGAAUAACUACUCCUCCUACUUUGUGUCUUGCCCAUAUAUUAGUUCAUUCAUGAUUGUUUUAAAUAAAAGUUGUUCUCUUUGAUAGAGUUAGAUCAUGUCAUACAAUGAGGGAAACAAGUAUUUGAUCCCCUGCUGAUUUUGUACGUUUGCCCACUGACAAAGAAAUGAUCAGUCUAUAAUUUUAAUGGUAGGUUUAUUUGAACAGUGAGAGACAGAAUAACAACAAAAAAAUCCAGAAAAACGCAUGUCAAAAAUGUUAUAAAUUGAUUUGCAUUUUAAUGAGGGAAAUAAGUAUUUGACCCCCUCUCUAUCAGAAAGAUUUCUGGCUCCCAGGUGUCUUUUAUACAGGUAACGAGCUGAGAUUAGGAGCACACUCUUAAAGGGAGUGCUCCUAAUCUCAGUGUAUUACCUGUAUAAAAGACACAUGUCCACAGAAGCAAUCAAUCAAUCAGAUUCCAAACUCUCCACCAUGGCCAAGACCAAAGAGCUCAGGGACAAGAUUGUAGACCUACACAAGGCUGGAAUGGGCUACAAGACCAUCGCCAAGCAGCUUGGUGAGAAGGUGACAACAGUUGGUGCGAUUAUUCGCAAAUGGAAGAAACACAAAAGAACUGUCAAUCUCCCUCGGCCUGGGGCUCCAUGCAAGAUCUCACCUCGUGGAGUUGCAAUGAUAAUGAGAACGGUGAGGAAUCAGCCCAGAACUACACAGGAGGAUAUUGUCAAUGAUCUCAAGGCAGCUGGGACCAUAGUCACCAAGAAAACAAUUGGUAACACACUACGCCGUGAAGGACUGAAAUCCUGCAGCGCCCGCAAGGUCCGCCUGCUCAAGAAAGCACAUAUACAGGCCCGUCUGAAGUUUGCCAAUGAACAUCUGAAUGAUUCAGAGGAGAACUGGGUGAAAGUGUUAUGGUCAGAUGAGACCAAAAUCGAGCUCUUUGGCAUCAACUCAACUCGCCGUGUUUGGAGGAGGAGGAAUGCUGCCUAUGACCCCAAGAACACCAUCCCCACCGUCAAACAUGGAGGUGGAAACAUUAUGCUUUGGGGGUGUUUUUCUGCCAAAGGGACGAUGGACGGAGCCAUGUACCGUCAAAUCUUGGGUGAGAACCUCCUUCCCUCAGCCAGGGCAUUGAAAAUGGGUCGUGGAUGGGUAUUCCAGCAUGACAAUGACCCAAAACCGCGGCCAAGGCAACAAAGGAGUGGCUCAAGAAGAAGCACAUUAAGGUCCUGGAGUGGCCUAGCCAGUCUCCAGACCUUAAUCCCAUAGAAAAUCUGUGGAGGGAGCUGAAGGUUCGAGUUGCCAAACGUCAGCCUCGAAACCUUAAUGACUUGGAGAAGAUCUGCAAAGAGGAGUGGAACAAAAUCCCUCCUGAGAUGUGUGCAAACCUGGUGGCCAACUACAAGAAACGUCUGACCUCUGUGAUUGCUAACAAGGGUUUUGCCACCAAGUACAAAGUCAUGUUUUGCAGAGGGGUCAAAUACUUAUUUCCCUCAUUAAAAUGCAAAUCAAUUCAUAACAUUUUUGAAAUGCAUUUUUCUGUUGUUAUUAUGUCUCUCACUGUCCAAAUAAACCUACCAUAAAAAUUAUAGACUGAUCAUGUCUUUGUCAGUGGGCAAACGUACAAAAUCAGCAGGGGAUCAAAUACUUUUUUCCCUCACUGUAUAUGGUCUCUGUGCUAUACGUUAGGUAUUGCUAAAGUAUUGCUAGUGGUAGCUGCAUGGGGUCAGUGGGCCUAGCCUAUUGACGGUACACCAUGUGCUGUUUCAGAGUGGCAUGCUGGUAUUUCAGAUAACCAGUCCGAGUACUCUGUGGGCUCCGAGGAGGAGGAUGAAGACUUUGACGAGAGGCCAGAAGGUAGGCCUCAGUACACAAGGCACAACACGUUUGGAAUGAAGCCUUUUCUGUUGAAUGUGUUGGGAUAGCUCACGUGUCAAACUCCUGUCCUCGAGGGACGAAGGUCUGCUGGUUUUAGCUCCUCCCUUGUACUUGAUUGAUUAAUUAAGAUCAUUGAUUAGUAAGGAACUCCCCUCACCAGGUUGUUUUUGUCUAAAUUGGACAGAAAUGGAAAGGAAAUAACAAAAACCAGCAGACACACAGCCCUCCAGGAAUUGAGUUUGACACCCUUGUAACAGAUGGAUUAUUAGAUUUGAGAUGUUAUGUCUGCUACACUCUAGUACCAUAAUAACUAUGCUGGUUACUCUCCUGAUUUCCUAUCUCUCUCUCUCUUUCUCUCUCAAUUCAAUUCAAUUCACUUCAAUUUAAGGGCUUUAUUGGCAUGGGAAACAUAUGUUUACAUUGCCAAAGCAAGUGAAGUAGAUAAUAAACAAAAGUGAAAUAAACAAUAAAUAUUAACAGUAAACAUUACACUCACAAGUUCCAAAAGAAUAGAGACAUUUCAAAUGUCAUAUUAUGUCUAUAUACAGUGUUGUAAUGAUUUGCAAAUAGUUAAAGUACAAAUGGGAAAUAAAUAAACAUAAAUAUAUGUAUUUACAAUGGUGUUUGUUAAUCACUGGUUGCUCUUCUAGAAAGGCGAGAGAGAAGAGCGAGUAGACGGCGAGAGAGAGAGAGAGCAGAGAGCGAAAGGGAGAGAAAGAGUAAGAGAGAGAGCGAGAGAAGAGGGAGCAAGCGCGAAGAGGAGAGAGCGAGAGCCAGAGCGAAGAGCGAGAGAGAAAGGAGAAAGAGGAGAGAGUAGAGGCGAGAGAGGCGCAGAGAUAGAGAGAGAGCGAGAGAGGAGUCACUCGAUAGCGCGAUCUCUCUCUCUCUUCUUCUCUCUUCUUCUCUAUCCUCUCUUCUCUCUCUCCCUCUCUCUCUCUCUCUCUCCCCCUUUCCUCUUCUCUCUAUCUUUAUCCAGGUUCUCGCCGACAGUCCCGUCGCCAGAUGAGGAACGAGAGAGACAAGCCACUUCCCCCCCUGUUGGCCAGAGUAGGGGGCAACUUGGAGGUUAGACACAAUAACCUAUCUGCUCUUCUUGCUAACAUAAGUUGACAUAAGAAUGUAUAAAUGCUGUAGAGGGUCUUAUGUCCUCAUGUACGUUCCCUUCAUCUCUGUAUGUAGGCAGUAUGUAUGGUUAUGAAUGUGUUAUAAAGUUCUUAUGUCCUCUGUCCCCUCUACCUCUCUAGGUGUUGGGCUUCAACACGCGCCAGCGGAAAGCCUUCCUAAACGCGGUGAUGCGUUGGGGCAUGCCCGCCCAGGACGCCUUCUCCUGCCAGUGGCUGGUCAGAGACCUGAGGGGCAAGAGUGAGAAGGAGUUCAAGUGAGUGGAGUGGGACUGACAUGGCAUAGCGUCCUUAUUGUUUGAGUCAUAGGCAGGCUACAGUAUGAGUUUACACUAAGAUCUUCAUGCUACAAUGUUGAUGCUGGUCUGGUCCCUUUCUGUUUUCAGUUUUUCAGUUUUUAUCUCUUCCCCCUCUUCCCCCUUUUUUGCUGCCUCUUUCUGCCUUGUUCUCUUUCGCUCCCUCAUUUCUCUCAUCUUUGGUAUCACUCUCUUCCCUCUCUCUUCUCUUUCUCUCUUUCAGGGCAUAUGUGUCUCUGUUCAUGCGUCACCUGUGUGAGCCCGUGGCCGACGGUGCUGAGACAUUUGCCGACGGCGUGCCAAGGGAGGGCCUGUGCCGGCAGCCCGUGCUCACCCGCAUCGGGGUCAUGUCCCUGGUCAAGAAGAAGGUCAGGGGUCAAAGUGUAUCUUAGAAACCACAAUGCUAAGCUAACAGGCUAGCUAGCUACAAACAGUGCCUUGCAAAAGUAUUCAGCCCCUUGGCGUUUUUCCUAUUUUGUUUCAUUAAACCUGUAAUUUAAAUUGAUUUUUAUUUGGAUUUCAUAAAAUGGACAUACACAAAAUAGUCCAAAUUGGUGAAUUGAAAUGAAAAAAAUAAUUUCUUUCCAAAAAUUAUACCCAAAAAAAUAUGGAAAAGUGCUGCGUGCAUAUGUAUUCACCCCCUUUGCUAUGAAGCCCCUAAAUAAGAUCUGGUGCAACCAAUUACCUUCAGAAGUCACAUAAUUAGUUAAAUAAAGUCCAUAUGUGUGCAAUCUAAGUGUCACAUGAUCUCAGUAUAUAUACACCUGUUCUGAAAGGCCCCAGAGUCUGCAACACCACUAAGCAAGGGGCACCACCAAGCAAGCGGCACCAUGAAGACAAAGGAGCUCUCCAAACAGGUCAGGGACAAAGUUGUGGAGAAGUACAGAUCAGGGUUGGGUUCUAAAAAAAAUAUCAGAAACUUUGAACAUCCCACAGAACACCAUUCAAUCCAUUAUUAAAAAAUUGAAAGAAUAUGGCACCACAACAAACCUGCCAAGAGAGGGCCGCAAAAGGUGGCUCUACAAAGUAUUGACUUUGGGGGGGGGUGAAUAGUUAUGCACGCUCAAGUUUUCUGUUUUUUUGUCUUAUUUCUUGUUUGUUUCACAAAACAAAAUAUUUUGCAUCUUCAAAGUGGUAGUCAUGUUGUGUAAAUCAAAUGAUACAAACCCCCAAAAAAUCCAUUUUAAUUCCAGGUUGUAAGGCAACAAAAUGGAAAAAUGCCCAGGGGGUGAAUACUUUCGCAAGCCACUGUAUCAACCAAUAGUAAUUGUCUGUUUUUUGGCAAAGCUUUAAUUGAUUCAGACCUGUCAGAACAGAAUCAGACCAGAAUCAUAUGAGGAAAUACAGACAUUGUACAGUCAUUAAACUUCUUUCUUAUCCACUAAGACAUUUUCCCAGGCUAUGACUUCCUUGUAACAUAAAGAUAAAUCAAUGACUAGACUGAUAAAUUAGGGUCAAUUUCUUUCCAAGGGAAAGGGACUGUUGGCUAGAAUAGAACAGAACAGAAUAGAAUACUUUAUUGCUUGGUUCUGUCACCACCCCCUUCCUCAGAUCCAGGAGUUUGAGCACAUCAACGGGCGGUGGAGUCUCCCAGAGAUGAAGCCAGAGAUGAAGCCAGAGGCCCUGAGACCAGAGGUCAGUGUGUCUUCUUCUUCCAGAGCCUCCUCCCCUGGGGGGACCAUGAAGACCGCUACGCCCACCUCUGACCCCAGCUGUACCUCAGACAACACCCCCUGCACCUCCAAACCAGGUGGGUGAACAAAGACACGUGCACACACAAUGACGCAGGCAGGCACGCAGCUCACAGGAUACCCAGCAGAGGGCACUCAAGUCUGACUGUGAUAACUGUGCGUGGAAACUACAGUAGGCUACAUUCAUCAAUCUGACUCCAUUAUUAUGUGAAUAAAUGCUACAUGAAAUGCAUGAUACGUUACAGAAUAACACAGAGUAAAUGACUAUCACCAAUAGGCUAAGACAACGUGGUUACACGUCUCUUCAGUUCAGAAUAAUCUCUGAGAGAAAAGGUCUGUACACACAUGGAGCUUGCAAAAAAGUUAUCCCAACGUAAAAAUAUAUGAAAUAAACCAAGUGUAAAUAUAUGGCAUACUGCGUACACCAGGAGAUUAUAGGACUGUGUCUCAAUUUACCAGAGAAAACUCUGACCUUUUAUCCAGGGGAAAAACAGAAAAUCACCACCAACCUAAAUGAACAUUACUUUGCAUUCUGCUGGUGAAAAACAAAAGAACAUCACACCCAGAUAUGAAUCUAACCAACUAAAUUAAAUGUGAAUGUUAUGACCGGACAACAGGAAUGUGUGUGAAAACCGGUCAAACCAACAUACCAUUUUCGACCCGGUCUCUGAAAAUACAUCAACCGGAAUAAAUACAUUGCGAUAAGACAUAUAAAAAUGUAUCCACUUUAUAAUCUCUUGGAACAAACAAUACACAACAAUUUUAUUCACACAAACAUUCACAACGUCAGUUCCAGUUUUAAUCACUUUCAGCCUUGAAGGCACCAGGAGACAAAUAGAAUCUCCUGUAGGUCGAUGUCCCUCCGAGGGCUGGGGGUGCGAGUUCAGGAUGUACCGUGCUCUUUGAAGUGCGAACAUAUGGCCGUCUAUCCGGACUAUGUCAUAAAUUGUGAUUGAAUCAUCACGCUGUGCUCCCACGCCAGCCAGUCACCGACGCGUCUGAAUCACAGAGUCCAAGAAGGUCAUCAUCUCUCCCACUACGUGUGUGUGUGUGUGUGUGUGUGUGUGUGUGUGUGUGUGUGUGUGUGUGUGUGUGUGUAUGUGUGUGUGUGUGUGUGUGUGUGUGUGUGUGUGUGUGUGUGUGUGUGUGUGUGUGUGUGUGUGUGUGUGUGGUGUGUGUGUGUGUGUGUGUGUGUGUGUGUGUGUGUGUGUGUGUGUGUGUGUGAGAGAGAGAGAGAUGACCCUCUGCCUGUUUGUUGUGUUCAGCUACCCCUGCUCCCUCAGACAAACUAGAGAAGAAUGGGAAAGAUGGAGAGAAGGAGGGAGACAAGGGGAAGGAGGUAGAGAGCAACAACAGUGCAGACCAUGAAGAGGUGAGAGAUUGAAUGUUAUUAAUUACACAGUUCACAGUCUUAAUACAUUCUGCUAUCAUAAAUCUUGCUACCAAUAACUGUCACUGAACAUUAUGUUUUGUCAUGUCCCCAGCCUCCAAUCCCUACCAAAGAAGCUCUACAAGAAUUAUCCCCUAACACAACAACAGACAAGGAAGUAAGUGCUACAAAAGAGGAGGAGGGGAAAGUUGAAGAGGAGAGUAAGGAGAAGGGGUCCUCCGGAGAAACAACUAAACAAGGGUCGGAGGUCAAAGAUGAGAAACCAGGUAGUGUAACACUCUCACCUGGAGAGAAGGUGGAGGUGGAGAAGGACAACAACAAGGACAAGACGACGGACACGGAGAAGGAGAAGAGUGAGGAGGCCCCUGUCCCCACAGAAGGGACAGACCACAUGGAAAAGAUGGAGCGACAGCAACCCUCUGACGUGAUGAAAGGUGAGUGACCUCACCUGUCUGUCUGUCUGUCCGUCCAUCUGUAACUGUCUGUUAGUUAGUCAGUUAGUUAGUGACUCACUGGCUAGUCACUGGUAGAUAGGAAUACACUAUUAGGUAUAUUUCAAUGGCAUCCACUUAUCUGAAUGAACUUGCUUGUGUUUUUCCUGCUCACAGAGGAAGUAAAAGGUGAGAAGGAUGCUGGGAAAGAAAUGGCGAAGGAGGAGGUUGCCAAAGACACCUUGCCGAAACCACCCAUCACCCCCCCCGAGCGACGGCGCUUCAUGUUCAACAUCGCUGACGGGGGCUUCACAGGUAAAUGUGCCCUAUCAUAUGACCCCUGUCAUAGCUGGUACUAACUGUGGCAGAACUCACUCUGUAUUAUGGGUUGUUUCAGCAUUAAUUCAACGUUAUGUUGAUGUUCCCCCACAAAGAGCUCCACACACAGUGACUUAGUACCAUGGGUUGUUUUAACGUCAAUGUUUUCACCACAUUGUUUUGUCAGUUUCACACUCAUGUCAGUAUCACAGGUUGUUAUUAUAACAUUGACACAACGUUAUGUUGACGAUCCCCCACAAAGAGCUCCACACGUAGUGGCGGAUCACACUCAGUAUCACAUGUUGUUUUAAAACUGUUUUAACAUUGACACAAUGUUAUGUUGAUGUCCCUGUGUUGAGCUACAUACACUGUGUAAUAAUACACUCAGUCCAUAUCACUGGUUAUUACAUUGACACAACAUUAUGUGGAUGUUAUAACAUUGACACAACAUUAUGUGGAUGUUAUAACAUUGACACAACAUUAUGUGGAUGUUAUAACAUUGACACAACAUUAUGCUGACGUUGUCCCCCUGCGGAGCUGCACACACUGUGGCAGAACACACAGAUUGUUUUAAAAUGUGUAUAACGUUGACCCAACAUUAUGCUAACGUUUCGACCUGCAGAGUUGCAUACGCUGUGGCAGAAUGAGGAGCGGGCGGCCAUCUCCUCUGGGAAGAUAAAUGAGAUCUGGCACCGGCGGCACGACUUCUGGCUGCUGACGGGAAUCGUACUGUAUCCUUGACUGUGGUUGCCGCGGAGACCGUCUUGUUGUGUUUAUUUAUCUAUCACACUGCGGCAGUGGCUUCUUGUGAAGUCCACCCGCAGGUGCAUUUGUAUAGCAGAGAAGUAUUAGAUUGUAUCUGCAGUAAUCUACACACGGAAUAGAGAUUGGAACCGUCCAUUCUGUUCUAUUUGUAUGACUUUCACUAGAAUGCCAAAUCUCGAAUCAAACCCUAGCCCACCUACCACAAGAAACGUAAUAAAGAUCUUAAAGGAUUCAAUAGGAAUAAGCUUGAUGAUGAUAGCCUUAUUCAUAGGCUUGGUAGAAGUUGUGCUAAAAUACUUAUUACUAUUUACAGAUUAGGUGUUGCUUUGGGAUUGGCCAAUGGUGUAUUGAGCUGUAUGACCCUUGACCCCUGCAUUUUAGUCAUGGCUACGCACGGUGGCAGGACAUCCAGAACGAUCCCCAGUUCGCCAUCGUCAACGAGCCCUUCAAGUCGCAGGCCAACAAGGGCAACUUCCUUGAGAUGAAGAACAAGUUCCUGGCCCGCCGCUUCAAGGUGCGACACCACAUAACAUGACGUGACAUAACAUGACAUAGUAUGACAUAACAUGACAUGACAUAGCGUGAAAAAACAUGACAUAGCGUAGCAGUGUAGCAUGGUAUAACAUUCAUAGCGUAGCAUAACUAGAAGGCCAGGAAACACUCAGGACCUUACACAUCACAUGACAUACUAUAACAUUACCAUAACAUGACUAUGACACAAGAAACCCAACCAUGGCACAGACAAGACUGUCAGGAUUCAGGACAUGCUUUUCUAUAAUUCAAUAUCUAUUAUAAACUCGGUGGUUCUAGCCCUGAAUGCUGAUUGGCUGAAAGCCGUGGUAUAUCAGACCAUAUACCAUGGGUAUGACAAAACAUUUAUUUUUACUGCUCUAAUUACAUUGUUAACCAGUUUAUAAUAUCAAUAAGGGACCUCAGGGUUUGUGAUAUAUGGCCAAUAUAUCACGGCUAAGGGCUGUGUCCAGGCACUCUGCGUUGCGUUAUGCAUAAGGACAGCCCUUAGCCGUGGUAUAUUGGCCAUAUACCACACCCCCUCUGACCUUAUUUCUUAAAUAGAAAACAUCUGUUUGAAGGAUGUAAGAACAAGACAGACCCUAUGAGAGACAGAUAAUGGGUUGGUAUUGCUGACCGGUGCAUUUGUGAAAUGGCACUCAUCCUGUUUUUGACUGUCUCACAUGUUUCAUACCCUGACCUCAACAUCCGCAUUCUCUCUCUCUCUCUCUCUCUCUCUCUCUCUCUCUCUCUCUCUCUCUCUCUCUCUCUCUCUCUCUCUCUCUCUCUCUCUGUCUCUCUCUCUCUCUCUCUCUCUCUCUGUCUCUGUCUCUGUCUCUGUCUCUCUGUCUCUGUCUCUCUCUCUCUCACUGUCUCUCUCUCUCUGUCUCUCUCUCGCUGUCUCUCUCUUUCUUUCAAUUCAAUUUCAAUUUAAGGGCUUUAUUGGCAUGGGAAACAUAUGUUUACAUUGCCAAAGCAAAUGAAAUAGAUAAUAAACAAAAGUGAAAUAAACAAUACAAAAUUAACAGUAAACAUUACACUCACAAAAGUUCCAAAAUAGUAUAUGUCCAUAUACAGUGUUAUAAUGAUGUGCAAAUAGUUAAAGUACAAAAGGGAAAAUAAAUAAACAUAAUAUAGGUUGUAUUUACAAUGGUGUUUGUUCUUCACUGGUUGCCCUUUUCUUGUGGCAACCGGUCACAAAUCUUGCUGCUGUGAUGGCACACUGUGGUAUUUCACCCAAUAGAUAUGGGAGUUUAUCCAAAUUGGAUUAGUUUUUUAAUUCUUUGUGGGUCUGUGUAAUCUGAGGGAAGUAUGUGUCUCUAAUAUGGUCAUACAUUUGGCAGGAAGUUAGGAAGUGCAGCUCAGUUUCCACCUCAUUUUGUGGGCAGUGUGCAGAUAGCCUGUCUUCAGUUGAGAGCCAGGUCUGCCUACGGCGGCCUUUCUCAAUAGCAAGGCUAUGCUCACUGAGUCUGUACAUAGUCAAAGAUUUCCUUAAUUUUGGGUCAGUCACAGUGGUCAGGUAUUCUGCCACUGUGUACUCUCUGUUUUGGGCCAAAUAGCAUUCUAGUUGACUCAGUUUUUUUGUUAAUUCUUUCCAAUGUGUCAAGUAAUUAUCUUUUUGUUUUCUCAUGAUUUGGUUGGGUCUAAUUGUGUUGCUGUCCUGGGGCUCGGUGGGGUCUGUUUGUGUUUGUGAACAGAGUCCCAGGACCAGCAUGUUUAGGGGACUCUUCUCCAGGUUCGUCUCUCUGUAGGUGAUGGCUUUGUUAUGGAAGGUUUGGGAAUCGCUUCCUUUUAGGGGGUUGUAGAAUUUAAAGUCUCUUUUCUGGAUUUUGAUAAUUAGCGGGUAUCGGCCUAAUUCUACUCUGCAUGCAUUAUUUGGUGUUUUACGUUGAACACUGAGGAUAUUGUUGCAGAAUUCUGCAUGCAGAGUCUCAAUUGGGUGUUUGUCCCAUUUUGUGAAUUCUUGGUUGGUGAGCAGACCCCAGACCUCACAACCAUAAAGGGCAAUGGGUUCUAUAACUGAUUAAAGUAUUUUUAGCCAGAUCCUAAUUGGUAUGUCGAAUUUUAUGUUGCUUUUGAUGGCAUAGAAGGGCCUUCUUGCCUUGUCUCUCAGAUCGUUCACAGCUUUGUGGAAGUUACCUGUGGCGCUGAUGUUUAGGCCGGAGUAUGUAUAGUUUUUUGUGUGCUCUAGGGCAACGGUGUCUAGAUGGAAUUUGUAUUUAUGGUCCUGGCAACUGGACCUUUUUUGGAACACCAUUAUUUAUGUCUUACUGAGAUUUACUUUCAGGGCCCAGGUCUGACAGAAUCUUUCUCUCUCUCGUUCUCUCUGCCCCCGAAUUGAGUAAAAUCACAAAUUAUGGUAUUGCUUAAAUCACCGCUGGCUAAAAUAAAUCUGUAAAUAUGAAUAUAAUCUCUAGAAUUUCUCCAGACAGGUCAUCUAUCUCCCCCCCCCCCCCCCCCCUCCUCCUCCUCCCAUACCCACCUAUACUGUAUCUCUCUCCUCUCUCUUCAUUUUUAUCUCUAACAUCUUCCUCAUUACAAUUCAGAUCAAUUAAAUUCAAUAGAACUGUAUUGCCAUGAAAUGCAGUACAUACUGUAGAUAUACAUUUACAUUUACAUUUACGUCAUUUAGCAGACGCUCUUAUCCAGAGCGACUUACAAAUUGGUGCAUUCACCCUAUAGCCAGUGGGAUAACCACUUUACAAUUAUUAUUUUUUUUUGGGGGGGGGGGGGGGGGGGGGGGUAGAAGGAUUACUUUAUCCUAUCCCAGGUAUUCCUUAAAGAGGUGGGGUUUCAAAUGUCUCCGGAAGGUGGUGAGUGACUCCGCUGUCCUGGCGUCGUGAGGGAGCUUGUUCCACCAUUGGGGUGCCAGAGCAGCGAACAGUUUUGACUGGGCUGAGCGGGAACUAUGCUUCCGCAGAGGAAGGGGAGCCAGCAGGCCAGAGGUGGAUGAACGCAAUGCCCUCGUUUGGGUGUAGGGACUGAUCAGAGCCUGAAGGUACGGAGGUGCCGUUCCCCUCACUGCUCCAUAGGCAAGCACCAUGGUCUUGUAACGGAUGCGAGCUUCAACUGGAAGCCAGUGGAGUGUGCGGAGGAGGGGGGGUGACGUGAGAGAACUUGUGAAGGUUGAACACCAGACGGGCUGCGGCAUUCUGGAUGAGUUGUAGGGGUUUAAUGGCACAGGCAGGGAGCCCAGCCAACAGCGAGUUGCAGUAAUCCAGACGGGAGAUGACAAGUGCCUGGAUUAGGACCCGUGCCGCUUCCUGUGUAAGGCAGGGUCGUACUCUCCGAAUGUUGUAGAGCAUGAACCUGCAGGAUCGGGUCACCGCCUUGAUGUUAGCGGAGAACGACAGGGUGUUGUCCAGGGUCACGCCAAGGCUCUUCGCACUCUGGGAGGAGGACACAACGGAGUUGUCAACCGUGAUGGCGAGAUCAUGGAACGGGCAGUCCUUCCCCGGGAGGAAGAGCAGCUCCGUCUUGCCAGGGUUCAGCUUGAGGUGGUGAUCCGUCAUCCAUACUGAUAUGUCUGCCAGACAUGCAGAGAUGCGAUUCGCCACCUGGUUAUCAGAAGGGGGAAAGGAAAAGAUUAGUUGUGUAUCGUCAGCGUAGCAAUGAUAGGAGAGGCCAUGUGAGGAUAUGACAGAGCCAAGUGACUUGGUGUAUAGGGAGAAAAGGAGAGGGCCUAGAACUGAGCCCUGGGCCCAUAUACUAUAUAUACUAUAUGUCAAGAAGCAGAAGAGUUUUAUGAUGAUCCUUGAUGAAAGAACUGACUCACCCCCUCUCACCUUGUCUCCCCCUUCCCUCCCUCUCUCCCUUCUCCCCUCCCUCUCUCCCUUCUCCCCUCCCUCUCUCCCUUCUCCCCUCCCUCUCUCCCUUCUCCCCUCCCUCUCUCCCCCAGUUAUUAGAGCAGGCCCUGGUGAUAGAGGAACAACUGAGACGGGCAGCCUACCUGAAUAUGACCCAGGACCCAGUCCACCCCGCAAUGGCCCUGAACGCCCGUUUUGCCGAGGUGGAGUGUCUGGCCGAGUCGCACCAACACCUCAGCAAGGAGUCCCUGGCCGGGAAUAAACCGGCCAACGCCGUGCUGCACAAGGGUGAGGGGGGUGGAGGGAGGAUAGUGAGUCUGUGUGUGUGUGUGUGUUUGUUUGUGUCUGUACGCAUUUAUAUCAGUGUUAAAGAAACACAGGUCCCCAGGCUAUAUUUUUUAUUUGACCUGAAUCUGUCCAGUAAGCCUCACAGUGCAUUUCACAUAUCAUCAUCAGGAUAGAGUUACAAUCUCAGUUACCGGACAUUUUCUCAUUCAAUCUCAGAGGAGUUGGAAUGUUUGUAUUGUUAAUUUGAAAGAUCAACAUACUUGGUACAUUUUCAACUGUUAAAUUAUGUUGAAAAGGAAUGUUCAAUACUGGCGGACUGCAGAGUUUGCAGUCUUUUGUUCUAGUCCAGCACCAACAUACCUGAUUCUCUAUGCACUGUGACUCAUGUUCGCUAUGUGUCCCACCUCUAG